UGCUCUCCAGCCAAUAUCGUGCUCCUUAUCAUCUCUGCUGUUAUCAGUAUUUUGCAACACCCGUUAUUGACCCUUGGCUUGUUCUCAACUACGCUUCUGCCUGAUCCCAACCUGCGUCUGCUCCUUACCGACCUUGGCUUGCUUACUGACCACGCUUCCGUGGUCCUUACCUGUUUAUACGCUACCGGACCUCAGCUUGCUCACCUCCUGAUUGACCCUAACCUGCUUUGGCUUCUCUCCUGGCUCUUACCCCGGCUUGUUCCUAGGAUCUGCUCCUGCCUAUUCCUGGCUGAUGACUUGUGCAUGGCCUGCUCCUGACUUCACUCCUGUCCUUACUCCUGUUUGAUGCUCUGUGUUUGACCCUGGCUCUGGUUUCUGACUACGCUUCCUGUUCCGCCCAUCCAUCUGGAUCCUCCAGUCCUCUGGAGAGUCCGCUCCUGUAUCUUGUCCACCCACAGGUGUCGUCUCAU